GGCUCAAUAAUGCACGACAAUAAUUUGAAAUUUCUUUCUGCGCAUCCAUAUCUAAGCAUAGUUCAAAAAAUGGCGUAAACACUGUGCUUUGAUCAAUUAUAUUGAAAUUUUCCGUCUAUAUAUAAGUUUGUACCUCUUUAAUUCCCAUUUCCGCAUAUUAAAUUGAACCUGGCAAAAUUAACUUCAACUCCCGCCAAUGAAAGAAUCUCAAACGCCUCAGAAAACCUAUGUUCGUUCAUCGGUGAAGCGCAAUCGCAGAUUGAAGUAUUCGCCAAACUUCAAUAAGAUUACAAGUAAGAGCUUGAACGCAGCAUUGACAUUCGUUUCAGAAGCUUAUGAGGAUUCCUCUCCGAUCUCCGAGAUAUCGUAUGCUAAUCGCAGUGAAGACGAUAAUCUUGUGGAUGAAAUAACCAAGUAUGUCAUAGAGGAUCGAUACAAGAAUACCGUGUUAGAGGACAUCGAUCGGUCCUAUCAAGUGCUUACUGCAAAAAAUAGAAUAGUGAUUCUGUUUCUGCAUUUGGUUUAUCGGAGUAUUGGCUAUAUUUUUUUUUCACUUCCGAUAUUCAUUGCCCUCUCAGUUGUCCAUUGCCAACUUGAACCGUUAGUUGAACUAUGGUACUUGAUAUACAUUUAGACCUCAGAAAAAGAGGUUAGAUAUUCUGUUAAAUGGCUUUGUAAAUAUAUAUCUCGAAAGUGAAAUUCUUAGACAAUGUGAUGUCCUUGUUACACUCGAGUUAUGUUGAAUAACUGUAAACU